GGGCGCUUAUAAAAGGACUCGAUCGAGGACAGAUGCUCAACAUUAUCGCGAGUUCUUUCAUUAGAAGCGCACCAUGGUGUCAAUAACAUUAUCAAUCCAGGUUAUAGCUGCGGUUCUGGUCACAGUCCAGUCCUCGUACGUGCAUCACGGCGGAGUGACCAUCGGGAUUACACCGUACGCCCAUCCGGUUCAAUCGCAGUACCACGCCCAAGACGUCUUCGGCCAGUACACCUACGGAUACUCAACACCAACCUCCAGCAAAAGCGAAACCAAAACCGCCGAUGGCGUCACCCAAGGAGGAUACUCCUACAUAGAUUCCAACGGUUAUUUGCAAUCCGUCAGCUACGUGGCGGAUCCCAUCCACGGAUUCAGAGUGGCCGCGACGAAUCUCCCUCAAGACCUUCCGGAUGUUGCCUACGCCAAAGCCAAACAUCUUGCUGACUUCGAAGCCAUCAAAGCCGAGCACGGAUUAGCUAGAGUCGCUUACUCGAAUCCGGUUGCAGUGCCUUUCGGAGCAGUACAACCAGUGCAAGAUUUACCAGAAGUGGUUUUGGCUAGAGCGCAACAUCUCGCCGCAGUCCAAAGGGCGUUACAUCAACAACAGCAAUUCGUUCCACAACCCGUGCAGGAUCUUCCUGAAGUCGUCAAGGCUAGAGCUGAGCAUUUGGCAGCAGUUGAAACCAUCAAGGCUAGAGACGCCGCAAUCCGUUUCAGCCCUGCCCAACUCCACGGACACGUCGUUCCCAUCCACUACCAACAGGUGGCGCCGGCUCCGUUCAUCCCUCAACCCUCGGCUCACAUCUCUUACGCCCCAGCCCUCAGCUCGCAGUAUCACGCUCAAGACAACUACGGCCAAUACACCUACGGUUAUGCAGGUCCAUUGAGCUCGAAGAGUGAAACGAAAAGUGCUGAUGGUGUUACCAAAGGAGGAUACUCUUACAUCGACGCUAACGGUAUCCUUCAAACCGUCCAUUACGUCUCCGAUCCGAUACACGGAUUCCGCGUUUCCGGAUCGAAUAUACACGGCGGAUACGCCGCUUAAUUAUAGACAAUUAUUUAUAACUAUGUAAUAUAUUUAAACGUGUUGUAUAAUAAAAUAUAAAGAAACGAAA